GGGGUCAAAUAUGCAGGCUGAGUGCAGGGCAUUAUUGGAUGGUCUGAGGAUGAUGUUUGUGCAUCAUGAUUUGGAGGAGUCACAACUGUUGAUUGAAUCAGACUCUUAGGUUUUGGUCCAAAUGGUUUUGGACAAGGCAGUUGUUCCUUGGAGAUUGCAAGGAUUCAUGGAGCAGAUUUGGAGAUUACUUGGUGGGUUGAAUUUUCAGCUGAGGCAUGUAUAUAGAGAGGCCAAUAUGAUUGCAGAUUUUUUGGCCUCUCUUGCUGUUCAAACUCAAGUAUGUACUGAGUUCUCUUCUCAAAGCAGUCUACCUCUGUCUGGCAGAAUGCUCAUUCAUCAGGAUCAAUCUGGAAUGCCUACUGCAAGGAAAAGAAACAUGGUGAUUUGUGAUCAAGGCAAGGAGUUGGAUGAUGUAGGAGGGAUUUUACUUGAUUUCAGACUGGGCAGUUUUCCUGACCGUUAA